AUGGAUGCAGGGACCAGGGACAAGUCCCAGAACCAGGGCGUGUACAUCUACCAAGGCGAGCGACCCUCGAAGCGCCGCAAAGUCGCGCCCACCGACCACCCGCACUCCGACUCGCACUGCUUUGUGCCAUUGUUGAAUGGGGAGGAGCCCGCCGAAUGCGUUCAAUUGCGGUACGACACAUACAAGAAGCUAUGGUCGGAGCAGGAAACAUCCAUCCAGGGAAUCCUGGACGAAGUUGACGCCGGAGUUUUGAGGGAUGUGCUGUCCUUCGUUCGAACAAUGUCCCCGGAGACGUGCAAUGGCUGCAUCCCUACCGCGCUCGUCACAGUCGGCUCCAAUGUUUCUUCUCUCACCAGACUGCUCUCACGGCUAAAUGAUCAAUUGACAUCCUCCUGCGACGGCGGUGUGGUGGUGUUAGAAUCAGGCGAUGCACCGAAUUUGAAAACAACGCUGAAGAACAUCAUUCGCGCGGCGGUCACGAAUACCGAAGGCAAUGACGGCUACCAGAAAUUCCUUACCGAUAGAGAUGGACCCAGGCUUCUCGGGUACGAUCUGGACCUGCUCUAUGACUAUGUCCAAAGGAAGGGGACCAAGAAAUUGGUACUAGCUCUUCGAGAUAGCGAAGCUUUUGAUCCAAACUUAUUGACAGAUCUAUUGUCAUUGUUCAGCUCUUGGCUGGAUCGCAUACCGUUCACGCUGGUGUUCGGGAUUUCCACUUCUGUCGAGAUAUUCCAAAGCCGGCUUUCUCGCUCAUGUGUUGCCCUUCUCCAAGGAAAGCAAUUUGAGGCCCAAGAGGCAGGCAAUUGCGUCGACGAGAUCUAUGAAAUGUUGCAACUCAGAGACGACUCACGGCUCAGACUGGGCCGCAAUAUCAGCGCCACCCUGUUCGAAAAGUCGAGCGACUACUUUCAGAGCCCGGAGGCUUUCAGCCAAAUGCUGAAGUAUGCGUAUAUGUCUCAUUUCUUUGCAAAUCCCUUGGCGGUCUUGCUGGCAAAACCGGCUCCCACAAUCUCAUCUCCUGGCCCUUUAUGCCAAGCCAUCAGGAACGUCCCAUCCUUUCGAAUGCUUUGUGAGGAUUUGGCGGAGAAUGGCUCUGUCCAACAAACACGGAGUCUAUUAGAAGACGACAAUUAUCUUCUCCACCAAGCGACUCAACAUAUCAACCAUGGGCAAGAGACCAUGAGAGGGAUUUUCCAAGCUGUUAGCAUUCUGCAUACCUGUCUUCAGUGCACACAGAGCGUGAAAAAGACCAGCAAGUCCGAUCUCUCGAUUCGUGCCCUCUCCGGAGAACUCAGUGAAUCGCAAAUAAUUGAUGACAUGCUCAUCACCCUGAAAACAUUCGACUCCGAGAAUUUGCGUACAUUGGUCGAGUCUUUGGCAGACGACAAUCCGGUGCCUGGCAUCUCCGAAGAUUUCCAAAACUUGGUACAGUCCAAUGCUGAAUCUGGAACACUGCAAAGUGCCUACAACGUCAACAGCUCCGUGGUUAAGACGACCGUCGAACAGCAACGUGUCCGCCUUAGCAAGGGUCAAGCCCAAUUAUCAGAGCAAGACCUCGAAUACACUCAACUUAUUGACGAGCUCAUUGAUGGGCUGCGAGGAUAUUUCACAGCGAAGUUGAACAACCCGCAGGACCUGCCUCUGCACGAGAUAUUCUUGUUUGAUCUCAGAAACCCACUGAAAGAAACCUUCGCGCCUCGACCGCGCUUUGCCAUCGAGCGCGCCCUCACCAGUCCGUUCGAUUACCUGAUAUCCUCGUCCGAUGUCUCUGAAACCAAAAUCUCGGCUAAACAGCCCGCUACUGCCAUCUUAUACCAACUCUACCUGGAAUCCGGGGCAUUAGUGAACGUUCACGAUCUCUGGCAGGCGUUCCGGGCAGUCUUUGAAAGUGACCAAGGUGAUCGGUGCGAUGACCGCGUUGUCAUGGCAUUGUUCUACAGCGCCAUGUCGGAGUUGAAGACCUUCGGCAUGGUCAAGAACACUCGCAAGAAAGCUGACCAUCUGGCCAAGUCUGCUUGGAUGGGCCUGUAA